UAAAGACGCUUGAGACCCCCAUUUUGUAAAGUCUGAACCGUCUUUUGAGAGAUGGUUGGGAAAUGACCAUUUGACAGUUAGUCCAUCGUUUUAAAAGUUGUCAACAUUUCUUUUCCUUUACUCUUUAGACCAGCUUGCGCAUACCAUCAUGUGUGCAAACCAUACAGGAAUCAAAUCUCGACGUUUACCCCUAUCUUUAAAGCGACCCACAUCCAAAAAAGCAUCAGUAACGACACAGGGUAUAAUUGAACAACCAGUUGACAUUAAUCAAUCCAGCUCAAAUGACCAAGCGAACAACAUUCAUGCUACCACUACCACAACCACUGUUACUGCCAUUACCAUCUCCACUCCCACUCAAACAUCAAGUAAUACGCAGAACGCCUCGGCAGAAGGCGUCAUUGUGCUUGAUUCAGAUUCAGGGGGAGAAUCAGAUCAAGAAAUGCCCGAUUGUGUGGCAGCGCCACCAAUUAUACCAGGAACAACAUAUUCCGAGCUAAACCUGAUCACUACACAAAUCAGUGGUCUCCAAAAUGCUUCUCCAGCGCCGUCUAAAAGUCCUUGGCGACCUAGUUCAUCAAAACUCACACAAGAAUCUGUUAGCAGUUCACAAGGGAGUGACAUUGGGCCCGAGCUCUCUGAUCUCCAAGAGUAUGCCCCAGACUCACAGUGCUAUUCACCAACGAGCACGGAUCAUGCCAAUCAAUAUGCAAUAGUCUCAGAUGAUCCUAGUGGAUAUACAAUGCAUGCACAACAAUCAUCCCGAAACUCCCCCAACCCAUUUUUAGCAGACCCUGAAGAAACCCCUAUCAGCCCUAUUAUCAAUAUACCUUCAAUUCUACCUAAUCAAGAACAUAAAAGUCCACUGCUUAGCACAUUCGAGUCAACCUAUAACAACGAUACACAACCCGACCAAAGAUCAGCAGGUUCUUCAAUUGACACUCAGUUGAUAGAGUGCUCUUAUGAUUCUGCUCAGAGUGCUGAGGAAACCUUGGAAUGUAUGAUAUGUGGCAAACUUCUGGCCCACCUGGAUCGUGCUCGUAUCGAAUACCAUAUCAACAAUUGCAUCGAUGACAAGGACAUUGAACGGCAAGUAUUACGGUCCCCCGACAUGGCCUCGGCCUUACCCCAGAAGAGAACACUGAAUCAAGGUGAUAUCGCGGGUUCAGAAGUCGAUUAUUUAGCACGAGUCAAAAAAUGUCCAGUUUGUAAGCAGGACUGGCCAUCGAAAGGCAAGGCUAAGGCAAAUGGGCGUUCAAUAGGGCAACCUAAGGCACGACAGAAAGUGGAUCAUAUGAAGCGCUGUGCUCGGGCGCAUAAGCGGACAGCAGCAAGUCUGAUAUAUCAGAUCAGAAUCUUAAAAGAGAACUAUGAGCGAUCCCUGAUCUUAGGCUUGGAUGUGAGGUCGGAGUCUACUGAAGAAAAUGAUGAGGAAUCAGAGGCAGACACAGAAGCGUCUGCUAAAACGGCUUCAUCGAGGAAAAGGAGGGGCUUAACUACGUCCAAGGUGCAAGUCGUAUCUCUCGCUGAUACUGCAGAUGCGGAUUUCAAUUCAGAUGCCAUAAUCACUACAGUACAUACGCCAACGCUAUCAAAGCCAGUCAAAAUGUCAAAGGUACAACAAAUGGAACAUGAUCAGCAAGAUGAUAGCCUUCAAAUGGCGUUGGCUUUAUCCAUGUCCAUGCGGUCCUAUGGAUCCGAGAUCGCUUACGGAUCAAAUGCAGAGUCGCUCUUGGACCCAUCAAUUACAAACAACAUAUGGUCUAUGUCACCUUUGGUUGCUGAAGAUGGAAUACGGAAUGGGGGCAAGCGCCGAAGGCAGACAACACGCGAUAAGCUAGAGACAACCGUUCUUCCAUUUGCUGAAGUCCAGCAUUUGAUUCAAAUGAAUGUCCAUGCACUAUUGUUCCCAGAAAAUGAAGAAAGUGGCGACCAUCAAGCGGAAGGCAUAGCUCAAUCAGAUCAUGCGACUAACCAUGGGUACAUUAGCGGAGAAAACAAUCAACUCAAAACUCCACCGUGGAGACCAUCCCGCUUUACCGAGGCGACGAAAGUAACCGAGGCGCUCAGUUUAUCUCAAUCAUCAAGAUCCGACAUGAUUUCCUCACCACCGGAUUCGCUUUGGAAUUUAUCACAUCUCAAGGAUACCCAUACUGUGGAGCAUUUUGAUCUACUUGCCGCGGAGCAAUGUAAUGUGAGCCAGCAUGGAGAGUCUGAAAAUAAACAAAACAUUGCCCUUGGAUCCAAAUCGAACUUUGAUCGAGAGAAAUAUAUAUCUCGGUUUAUGAGGCGGUUUCUACAGCGCAGCAACGAUUCACACAGUAAUUCUUCCAUAUCCGGGACUCAUUCAUCAAUUGCAGACAAUCCUGAAGUUAUUUGUAAAAGCUCCGGCUCCCAUCCAGGGCAAACAGACGACAAGUUCCCUUCACCAUUGUGGUCAGCUUCCAGAAUGAAUAGGAUCUCAUACAGGAAUCAGAGAAAGCUUAGUCAGGAGCCAUUCUCGGAAGCUUUGCGACACGAGAUCGUUGAUCAUCUUGAAACCAUGUGUCAACAAAUACAACAAGCUAAACUUGUUGCUUACGAAAAGAUCUUAGAUUCCAUAAAGAGACAUCCAGUUGCUGCUGGCUUGAACACAGUAGAACUACCGGAAUCGUUCAGUAUCGAAGAUGAGGAAGAUAGGGGACUAGACACUGAAGCAGAACAGAUUCAAUAUGACACCUGCUCAUUGCCCUCAUCUCCUCUCCUGCGGUACUCCAGACCGCUGGGCUCCAUCUCCUCAUCACUAGUUGAUAACCAUCGUUCAUUACCAGACUGUGACUCUUUGCCCAAUCAAGACACCUAUCACGUAGCAGACAUUAGCCGGUGUGACGCUGGCCUAGGAGAAGAGGGUGACAUGCACGAUAGUAUACAGAAUGACCAACCUGUGGACAAAAGAAUUUGUCUGCAAGGUAAUAAUAAGGGAGAGGCGCAAAAUGAACAAAUUUUGGUGCACUCACUAUCAAACGUCAGUUCUAAAUCGUCCUGCAUUGAUAUAACGCAAUCUCCUGCGGCUGCAGUCACUCAGCCGCUUGAUCUUGAAUUGAUAUUCUCACCAGAGAAGAACUUUACUAUGACAAAUAAACAUCCAACACCCUCUCGUAGAGCAUCCUCGUCAAGCGAUAUACCCCCGCCAUUGGAUUUCGCUGAACUUGGGUUCCUGGAUACUACGUUUUUAAGAACAUCUCCGCCAUCGAGGAAAUCUGGAUCUGAUUUGUUAUGGGCUGAGCCGCAUAUGUCUAAACAACGGAAUGACGAGAAUGAGGGGGUCGACAAAGACGGUGCACGAUACCACUGGAGCGGAGCCACUACACCUAAGCGAAAACCCAGGACGCAAGAUAGAGACAGCAAUGGAAAUAACAAUGGUAAUGAAGAAGAACUUGCUCUAAAGGUGCCUAGACGCCCAAGUAGCGCGUCCAAGAUCAGAAGUAGAUUACCGAUGUCUCUCUCGCAGCAGGAUCAACAAAAUGUUGAGAAUCGACUUACGAGGAACGUUCUGUACGGUCUGCCGCUUUUGAAGACCGCAGCCGCAGUAAAUAUAAAGAACACGGGCACAAGUCAUGAUAAUGACAAAGAUAGUGACGAUGCAAUGGAUAUGGAAAACAAUAUGCAAACUUCACAAAACAGGGCUUCUCCGCCACUGCAUCCCGGUAAAGAAAUAAUGGCUACAAACAAUAGAGGCUUACGCACACCUCAUAGGACCAGAGGUCGUCCGAGAGCGCCUAUACCCAACUCCAUGGUCGAUCCAUUCGUAGCAAAUGUCCCAGCAAUUACAGCGCCAGCGGCCUCCAAGACACCGAAACGUAAAAAGACUGCAGCCGUUUUACGUGCCGAAGCACUAGCUAAGCAGUCUGCCAGAGCUGUGGCUAAUAUCAAAGCCCAGAAGCGGAUGCCGGAUUACAAAAAUAUGUCUAUAGCAAGACUGCGACUGGCAGCGACAACAUUCGGGCUCAAGACUGCAAGCAAAAGACUGUUGAUCGACCAGUUGACGAGCAUCUGGCAGAAUAUAAAUCCUAACCCUAGUCUUAAUGAGGAUGAAUUCGAGGACACGGAAAUGGAAAGGGAGGAAGCGAUAGGGCUGGAAUGUGAUCGAAUUGACUUGGAUAAUAGAGUUGCCAAUGAUUUGGAGCCAAGUGGUAGUUAUCAGCACCAACAUUUAGAUAACAGUCGAGAUUAUCCAUCCCCAAUCUUGCCUCCAUCUAUGAGCGUCUCUAGUAUCCCAAAUACUCAACGAUCGCCGGAUACAAACAUGGACAGUAGUCAAGACUAUGUUGUGGAUCAAUACUUCCACAAAGAUGUUGAUGUGGAAGCAGCUGCUAGCGCAGAUAUUGACAACAGCAGUGUUCGCAAUACUACUGUUUCGGUGGUGACAAAUUUGCCUCCUCGUAGAAAUGAUGUUGGCGAUGAAGGCACAGAAGUUGAUGAAGAGGAUGAACCUCUGAAGAAUAACUCCAGGAACACUGGCCUUCCAAAAGCUGAUCUGGAACCUACCACAGGCUCCCUUUUGGAGCAUCAAAUUUUUGAAUUCUUGAACAAAACAGCUCACUUCCGGAAAUUAUUUCUUACAUACAAGCCUUUGGAUCUCGAGCAAGUAUGGGAAGGAUGCCAAGAGUCUGAUAUCCAAUGUACACGACAGCAAUUACGUCAGUUCAUGGACCGACAGGGGAUUGUAUGUAUCGUACCCGCGCAUUCAACACUUGGUAGUUGGCGAAAGACACGCGCCAACAAGCGAAAACGUGUAGUGAAAUAGCCUUCCUCUCUUUUUAUUGUAGUCACAGUUAUUAUUUCUAAUCAUUCCCGAUAAUUAAAAUCGACUACUAAUCACCUGUAUCAGUGCGAGGAGAAGGAAGUGAGUGGGUUCGACAAAGUUAAGCGGGCACAAUGUGACAUCUAUAGUGACGAGCACAAAGUACAGGAUAA